CCGGUCCUUUAGCUGCAGGGGAUCUAGCUGCUACUCGAGGAUAAGGAUAAUAUUAUAUACAGUACCUGUGUAUAAGGCUCCUGUUACUAUGAAGAUCACAUACAAUACACAUCCCUGCAUUUGCCAGUAAAGGAGAAACCUUUUAAUAAUAUCUGGCAAAUUCAGUUCUGCUGAACAAGACAAUGUCUGACAAGACCGGGAACCAAACCUCAGACCUUCCUGAUGCACACGGAGGGCGUCUAGAGGAAAACCCGGGCACUGGGCUAUUAAAUGCGAAGGAAGAGGAUGAGACAGAUGACAUGAAUAGUCAUCAGACUGAAAUACAUUGGUCCCUCCCUGCCGAUGAAGAUAACGCUGAUAUGGUGAAAGUUGAGAUAACAGAAGAUCUGAGUGUGAGGCAUCAGCUGGGAGCCCCGGUUGAGGAAAACAGUGACCGUAUCAGCCCAGGCGGUAUGGAUGUGACUCUUUCAGAGGCCUCAGCGAUUGAGCACGGAGGAGAACCGUAUGUGUGUGAUCACAUGAAGACUGAGGAGGAUGAAGUUCCUAUAAAUACAGCUACAGGUGAUGUUAAGGCUGAAGUCACUCUUUAUACUGAACAGACUAAUUACCUGGAAGCUCUGAAGCAGGAAAUCAGUGACAAUAUCAGUACAGGUGAUGUUAAGACUGAAGUCACACUUGAUGCUGAACAAACAAAUGAUCUGUAUGUAAAGAGUCAGCAGGAAGCUGUGAAGCAGAAAAUUAGUGACAAUAUCAGUACUGGUAGCAUUGCAAACUUAAAUAAUCCUAGUCCUGGCCAAAUCCACAUAGGAAAUUCUUGCUCUCAAGGUGGAGAGUUUUUUACCAAGAAAUCAAAUCUUAUUAAACAUCAGAAAAUUCAUACAGAAGAGCGAUUUUCUUGCACUGAAUGUGAGAAAUGUUUUAUGUGGAAAUCACAACUUGUUACUCAUCACAAAAUACAUACAGGAGAGAAAACAUUUUCAUGUUCUCUAUGUGGGAAAUUCAUCAGAAAUGUCAUACAGGAGAAAGGUCAUUUUCUUGUUCUGAAUGUGGGAAAUGUUUCAUGCUGA